AUGUCGAACAAGAGAAUCGAGCAGUGGGAAAUCGAGCGGUAUUGGGAGAUCUUCUCGUCACUCACCAAUGGCCAGCCCCGUCUGAACAACUCGCAGGCUGCCAGCGUCCUCCGGAAUAGCCGGCUUCGUGAUGAGCAGCUCGAGAAGGUUUGGGAUCUGUCGGACCUCGAUGGAGAUGGGGAGCUGGAUUUUGAGGAGUUUUGUGUCGCUAUGCGACUGAUCUUUGAUCUUGUCAAUGGGGUAAAGUGGCACCCAUAUGUCGAGCUCAUGCCGGACAUCACAAGAGCCAGGGAACCUUGGCUAAUAUUGUGGGCCGCCCAGGCAUUAAGCGGUCGCCAGGAACAAUUUGAGAGGAUAGAAGACGAAGAUGAGUCGCAGGGGUUGAAGGAUGGGUUUGACUGGUAUAUGAGCCCGUCUGACAAAGCAAAAUAUGAAGAAAUCUACGAUGCCAACAGAAAUCAUCGUGGAGAGAUAACAUUCGAAUCCUUACAACCCCUUUAUGAUUCACUGGACGUACCAGACACCGAUAUACGAUCGGCGUGGAACCUCGUCAACCCUUCCGCGUCACCUUCCAUCAACAAAGAUGCCACGCUCGCCUUCCUUCAUAUUCUGAAUUAUCGGCACGAGGGUUAUCGCAUCCCGCGCACUGUUCCGCCAUCUCUGCGCGCCUCUUUUGAGUCCAACAAGAUUGACUACCAGAUUGAUAAUGUCCGUCCUGCGCAGCGGUGGGGAGUAGACGGGGAUACCGAGACCCCCACUGGCCGCAAGGCCAAGUUCGGCGAUACGUAUCUGAGUCGGUUGGGUGUCAAGUCCAGUUACCGUCCCCAAGGUACCGACUUCAGCAACACGAUCCAGGAUGAGGAGUGGGAAAAGGUCCGACUCCGACGGGAGCUAUCGGAGCUCGAGGCCAAGCUGGAAGCCGCCAACCGCGCCGCGGAGCAGAGGCGAGACCGGGAACGCCCGCGGAACGACGGCCGACCAAACUGGGCAUUGAUAAAAAAGGAGGCGCUGCAGCUUUUGGAAUACAAGGAACGCGUGCUCCGCGAACUACGAGAAGGCACCGGCCGCGCCAAGGAAGGACAAGACCUGGAGAGACUUCGCGAGGAUGUUAAGGCGGUCGGUGAGCAGGUUGAAGGGCUGAAGAACCACCUCGCGAAACGGAAUGAGGUUUUGGAGGAUCUGCGGCGGCAGAUCGAAGAUGAGAAGGCCCGGCGAUAG